AUGGCGCCGUUAACCUACAUUCAAUUUCUGAUUCCCAAGUGGCCCGUGCUAUUCCUGGCAUCCGUCAUCUCGCUCCUCCACCUGGAAUUCAGCCCGAGCCUCUCCAGCUACGACACCAAGGAUCUAUACGAUUCUUACGACUACAUCAUAGUGGGAGGUGGCACAGCGGGCUGCGUACUAGCCAAUAGGCUGUCAGCUGAUCCGCAUAGGACCGUUCUCCUAAUCGAGGCCGGUGGCAUCGAGAAUGCCGCCACGGACAUACCACUGUUCGCGCUGCUGCACUUCCACGGAGAGUAUGAUUGGGACUAUCGCACCGAGCCGCAGCAGAAAGGAUGCCUAGGCAUGAGGGAGAAUAGGUGUGACUGGGCACGCGGUAAGGCGCUUGGUGGCUCAAGCGUGACCAACUUCCAGCUGUUCGUUCGCGGUAACAAGAGAGACUUCGACCAUGUUGUGUUUGAUAACAAACGUGCUGUUGCUGUGAAGUUCGUGAAGGACGGUAAAGAGAAGACGGUGCGAGCGAAGCGGGAGGUAGUUCUUUCCGCUGGUACAAUCGGCAGCACACAGCUUCUUCUUCUGUCUGGAGUUGGUCCCCGAUCAGAUCUCGACAGACUGGGUAUCCCGGUGGUGGCGGACCUCCCCGUGGGCGAGAACCUCCAGGACCACCUCCUCAAUUUAGGCACGGCAGCCACGACAACUAGGGACGUGGAAGUGUGGCCACAAAGCGUAACCGCCACCACAGAGUACGCUCUCCUCAAAACUGGUCCAUUUUCCCUUCCGGCUGGAAUCGAGGCCACCGCCUUCAUGAACACAUCGUUCGCGUCUCGGGAAUACCCGGACUUCCAACUGUACCUGCUCAGUAUCUCGGGUGCGAGCGUUGAAGGCGAGCGGUUCAUAAAAGACCUCGGCGUUCGCCAGGACAUAUACGAUGGAUACUUUAGGCCUAAGCGUGGAAGCAACGCAUUUCAUAUCGCCAUAGGGAUGAAUCGCUUGAAGAGCAGAGGUUUUAUCAAGCUUCGCAGCAGAAACUACAAAGACGCACCCAUCUUGGACCCACGCUAUUACACACACCCGGACGACGUAAAAAUGGCAGCUGAAGCGAUGGGGCAGGUCAUCCGUUUGAUGAAGACCAAAGCAUUUGCAGCCCUGGGCACAAAGCCGUGGGACGUGCACUUUCCCCCGUGCAAGGGACAUUCAAUGUGGAGCAACGAGUACAUGCAAUGCAUGGCCACGCAUCUCUCUCCAACCUCGUGGCAUCAGUGUUGCACAAAUCCAUGGGCAAGGGCAGCAGAGCCGUCGUGGACCCGAGGCUAAGAGUCCACGGUGGCAUCACUGGGCUCCGCAUCGUGGACGCCUCCAUAAUGCCAGAUAUUGUGACAGGCAAUCCUAAUGCAGCGGUCUACAUGAUUGGGGAGAAGGGUGCUGCCAUGAUUUUGGAGGACAAUAAAUGAG